AUGAAUAAUUCUAAUGCACCAACCGAAGAAACCUCCUUGCUGAGGUCAAGAACAGAGGGUCAAGGUGAAGCUGAAAAGCUUCCAAACAAGUGGACUAUUUUGCCGGCAUUGUGGAUUGGCGGCUUCUUGUCAGCCUUGGAUAUGACUAUUGUUGCUAGCUUAUAUCCAGUUAUUGGUAGUGAAUUCAAUUUGUUGAAUAAUGCUUCCUACAUUGCUACUUCCUAUUUAAUUACGAAUACGGCAUUCCAACCUUUAUAUGGACGAUUAAGCGAUAUCUUUGGUCGUCGUGCUGCUAUUGUCUUUGCUAACGUUACUUUUACAAUUGGAACCUUUUUGUGUGGUUCAUCUAGUAGUUUGGCUGGGCUUUGCAUUGCUCGUGCAAUUGCAGGUAUAGGUGGAGGUGGUCUGGGGACCAUGUCGUCCAUUAUCUCAAGCGACAUAGUGCCUCUCCGUGAGCGAGGUACUUGGCAGGGAUUCACCAAUGUUAUUUGGGGAAUUGGCGGUAGCUUAGGCGGUCCGCUUGGUGGCCUAAUUGCUCAGCGAUGGGGUUGGAGAGUUGCGUUUUAUUUUCAAAUCCCACUUGGUAUAAUCUCAACGAUUGUGGUUGCUUGGCGAGUUCGUAUAAACCCGACUGUCCGAGAUUCAGAUGUUUCAUUGCUGUCACGAAUCGAUUAUCUCGGGAGCUUUCUUCUUGUCAGUGGAACCAGUUUGUUGAUUAUGACAUUCAGUUGGGCUGGAGAUGCUUAUUCUUGGUUAUCUCCAAUUAUCAUUGGGUUGUUUAUUUCAUCUGCAUUACUCCUUUAUGCCUUUUAUUGGGUAGAGAAAAACGUCGCGCUAGAACCGAUCGCUCCCGUCCAUAUUUUGAAGCAAAAAACUCCCUUAAGUGUUUGCCUUUGCAAUUUUUUUAAUGCGUUCUGUGCUUUUGUAAUUCUUUAUGAACUGCCUUUGUUUUUUGAAGCUGUACUGUUUAUGCCAUCCUCUGAGGCAGGAGCACGCAUCUUUCCUCAUGUUAUUUUUACAUCAUUGGGAUCUGUGACAGGAGGUCUUUAUAUGAAGAAAACGGGUAGGUAUCGCCCUUUGAUUUUGUUUGGGUAUUUUGCCUUGUGGACCAGUAUCGUUGGUUUUAGUGUGCUUACGUCGUUUGGUCAACGCAUUCCUUUAUUGCUGGUAACUUUGUUUUUGAGUCUUUCGGGAACUUCUUACGGUAUGAAUUUGACUGCCACGCUAAUUGCUAUUAUUAGCUCUCUUGCUCCCCAAGAUCAAGCGGUGGCUACGGGGCUUUCCUACUUGUUCCGCGCUACCGGUAGUGUCAUUGGUAUUAGUCUGUCUCAGACGGUUACAUUGACAUUUGUAAUGAAUAACCUGUCCAAACGACUUGCUGGCGUUCCUGGAAAAGAAGAACUUAUUCAACGUUUGCGUGAGAGUAUCAGCAUCAUUCCUAGUCUUCCAGAAAACAUUCGGAACCUCGUCGUCCAAUCUUACGUGGAUGGAUUUACAAUUACCUUUGCUAUAGUAUCUUUCUUUGCGUUCCUGGGUCUCGUAUUUUCUUUCAAAAUCCGUCAAUUUUACUUGCACACAUCAGUAGAUCGUAAGUAA